AUGUCUCUACCAGAACCCGGCGAUCAUCAUACUCCGCCACCAUGUCCUCCUCGCCCAAGGGAUAAGAUCAAGAUGAUCAAGGUCAAUGGUGUGCACUUCCCUGCAAUGGUCGAAGUUGACGAGGGAAAGGGGAGGGUUUCUUGGCCGACAUUCGAUCUGUUCGGCACGCACUUUCGUCCGUUCAUCCUGACGAGUCAGAACAACCAAUUGCAUAUCAAUGGCAUCCCGGCGAGAUACUGGGGCUACUUACCAUGGGUCCCGUUCUGGGCCAUCAUGGGAUACACCACUGUCGCUAGUAAGGACGGCCUGGGAAUGAAAUGGUCGAGCCCCAAACGGGUGAUAGUAUCGACCGGAUGGGGCAUCUACAUGACGGGCUGGGCGAAUCUGAAUGGUUCCAUCGCGAGAUUGGCCAACAGAUCACGCUUGGCUUGA